GUUCACGCUUGGAAGACAUGUUCGUGACAAUACCCAUGCUUGCACCCGUACAUCCUCAUAUCCCGGUCCUCUACGGCGAAUCCACGCCUGCAGGUCGAACAACCUCAUUGGCAGCACCGGUAACAUCUCGGCACACUAUGACAUUUCCAACGGAUGUUUACCGCCUUUCUUUCCAAAGACAUGACAUAGGAAGCAGUUUGCUUGACUCGUUUUACUUUCCCUCAGCUAUGUGCUUCUACGCUCACCCACGAGACACGCCAACGUGCGACUCUGAUACCAGGAUCAUGAAGGUCCAUGUCAGUUGACAAUGAUUAAUGAUCAUCGGC